AUGGCCCAAUUCAGCACAGUAUUCAUCCUUGCGGCACUAGCCGCUGCCAACGCGCAAUUCCCCAAUGGCCGCAUCUUGGAACCGCCAGUACCUUCGCAGUGCGUCCAAAGGACGAUCCAUGAAAGAUACGUUGACAACAAAGGAUACUUCUUCUCAUGGCGAGAUCCGGCACUACGUGGGGUGGAAGAAGAUUGGCUGAGUGCACGCAACUAUUGCCGCCAGCGCUGCAUGGACCUCGUCUCCCUAGAGACCAGCGACGAAAAUGAAUGGGUUAAGGCACGCAUCGUGCAAGACAAGGUAAAAUACAUCUGGACGUCAGGCCGUCUGUGUGACUUCAAGGGCUGCAAUCGUCCUGACCUGCUGCCCAAUGAGAUCAAUGGAUGGUUCUGGACCGCCGAGCUGCAGAAACUGGCUCCUACCACUAAUCGUCAGCAGAAUGAUUGGUCUGAAGGCGGUGGCAUUGGAAAACCUCAGCCUGACAAUAGAGAGCUGAUCCAGGGUGGAGCAUCAGAGCACUGUAUAGCGAUUCUAAACAACUUUUACAACGACGGCGUCCACUGGCACGACGUGGCCUGCCACCACCGCAAACCCUUCGUAUGCGAAGAGAACGACGCCCUUCUCAAAUACGUCCGCUAUACGAAUCCUAAUCUCAGAGUUUAAGAUUUUUCAUCACGCGAUACUUCAAGUCAUCUUAACAAUUACAAUCGAGAAUGAGAGUUACAAAGAAACAAUUAGCUCCCUAGGGUUAAAUACGUACAAUUUGUAUUCAAAUAAAUAAUUAGGAUGUGACAUCUAAGUGGAAUAGUGGAAUUGAAACUAUAAUAAACUAUAAUUUCCACAGAUAUUAUCACAAAUAAGUGAUGUUCUAUUUUCAAGUAGGUACAUACUGUGUUGUGUAACAGUGAAAUACCUGUAUAGAUCAAGAACUAAUGGUAACAAACACUGCCAAAGGUGUCGCGAUUCGGUAUUAGCUUUAAGUUUACCUCGUCGAAAAAUAUUUAUUUUCUGUAUUUAACUCUAAACUAUGUUGUAAAAAAAAGUCCCUUGCAGUAGGUACCUAGGUUCCUGGAGAUUUUGGUGAAACAGACUUUGGUGAGAAGGACUUUCAGUUUGCAACAAAG